AACCACGUUCUACUUCACGCGAACCACGAGAUGUACGAUCAAGUGACCAGCCAUUUCCGGGAUGAAGUAGGAUGAAAACAUAAGGGAUAGAAAGGCGAUUUCUGUUUGUAAUGUUGGACAGAAGUUAUUGGUAAUGAUGAGUGAAAUAGUCAGUUCUGCUGAAUACAAGAGCUUUAGGAGCACAGUUCCUAUGAAAAAGUUUAUUGUAGAUGAUGACCAAUCUAAGGAAUGGGCCUUAUAUGACGCUGGACCGAGGUCUGUCAGAUGUCCAGUGAUUUGUUUCCCUCCUGCCAGUGGGACUGCUGAUGUGUACUUUCGUCAGAUUCUGGCACUUUCUGCACACGGAUAUAGAGUGAUAGCUGUUGAGUAUCCGGUGUACUGGACCAUGAAAGAAUUCUGUGAUGGCUUCAGGAAGUUACUAGAUCAUCUUCAACUUGACAGAGUUCAUUUGUUUGGAUCAUCACUUGGUGGUUUCUUGGCCCAGAAGUUUACAGAGUAUACAAGUUUAUCUCCUAGAGUUGCAUCACUGAUUUUAUGCAAUUCUUUUUAUGAUACAUCAAUAUUCCAACAGACAAAUUCAGCUCCUACGUUUUGGAUGAUGCCUGCUUUAAUCCUCAAGAAAAUGGUGAUGGGUAACUUUGAGAAGGGACCAUCUGAUCCCAGCAUAUGUGAUUCUGUUGACUUCCUAGUAGAGAAGCUGGAUAACUUGUCUCAGCAGCAGCUGGCUUCUCGUCUCACACUAAACUGUAUGAACUGCUACGUAGAACCACAGAAAGUCUCCACAGUAGCCAUUACUAUAUUGGACGUGUUUGAUGAUUGUGCCUUGUCCUUCUCUGCACGUGAGGAAAUGUACAAAUGUUACCCAGAUGCCAAAAAAGCUCAUCUGAAAUCUGGAGGAAAUUUCCCCUACCUAAGUCGCUGUGAUGAAGUAAACAUUUUUAUACAAGUGUUUGAUGAUUGUGCCUUGUCCUUCUCUGCACGUGAGGAAAUAGACAUGUUCAUGUCUGGUAACUUCAUCAAUCUUUGUGUGACUGCUAGAGACUUGUUCAUGUCUGGUAACUUCAUCAAUCUUUGUGUGACUGCCAGAGACUUGUUCAUGUCUGGUCACUUCAUCAAUCUUUGUGUGACUGCUGGAGACUUGUUCAUGUCUGGUAACUUCAUCAAUCUUUGUGUGACUGCUAGAGACUUGUUCAUGUCUGGUAGCUUUAUCAAUCUUUGUGUGACUGCUAGACACUUGUUCAUGUCUGGUAACUUCAUCAAUCUUUGUGUGACUGCUAGAGACUUGUUCAUGUCUGGUAACUUCAUCAAUCUUUGUGUGACUGCUAGAGACUUGUUCAUGUCUGGUAACUUCAUCAAUCUUUGUGUGACUGCUAGAGACUUGUUCAUGUCUGGUAACUUCAUCAAUCUUUGUGUGACUGCUAGAGACUUGUUCAUGUCUGGUAACUUCAUCAAUCUUUGUGUGACUGCUAGAGACUUGUUCAUGUCUGGUAACUUCAUCAAUCUUUGUGUGACUGCUAGAGACUUGUUCAUGUCUGGUAACUUCAUCAAUCUUUGUGUGACUGCUAGAGACUUGUUCAUGUCUGGUAACUUCAUCAAUCUUUGUGUGACUGCUAGAGACUUGUUCAUGUCUGGUAACUUCAUCAAUCUUUGUGUGACUGCUAGAGACUUGUUCAUGUCUGGUAACUUCAUCAAUCUUUGUGUGACUGCUAGAGACUUGUUCAUGUCUGGUAACUUCAUCAAUCUUUGUGUGACUGCUAGAGACUUGUUCAUGUCUGGUAACUUCAUCAAUCUUUGUGUGACUGCUAGAGACUUGUUCAUGUCUGGUAACUUCAUCAAUCUUUGUGUGACUGCUAGAGACUUGUUCAUGUCUGGUAACUUCAUCAAUCUUUGUGUGACUGCUAGAGACUUGUUCAUGUCUGGUAACUUCAUCAAUCUUUGUGUGACUGCUAGAGACUUGUUCAUGUCUGGUAACUUCAUCAAUCUUUGUGUGACUGCUAGAGACUUGUUCAUGUCUGGUAACUUCAUCAAUCUUUGUGUGACUGCUAGAGACUUGUUCAUGUCUGGUAACUUCAUCAAUCUUUGUGUGACUGCUAGAGACUUGUUCAUGUCUGGUAACUUCAUCAAUCUUUGUGUGACUGCUAGAGACUUGUUCAUGUCUGGUAACUUCAUCAAUCUUUGUGUGACUGCUAGAGACUUGUUCAUGUCUGGUAACUUCAUCAAUCUUUGUGUGACUGCUAGAGACUUGUUCAUGUCUGGUAACUUCAUCAAUCUUUGUGUGACUGCUAGAGACUUGUUCAUGUCUGGUAACUUCAUCAAUCUUUGUGUGACUGCUAGAGACUUGUUCAUGUCUGGUAACUUCAUCAAUCUUUGUGUGACUGCUAGAGACUUGUUCAUGUCUGGUAACUUCAUCAAUCUUUGUGUGACUGCUAGAGACUUGUUCAUGUCUGGUAACUUCAUCAAUCUUUGUGUGACUGCUAGAGACUUGUUCAUGUCUGGUAACUUCAUCAAUCUUUGUGUGACUGCUAGAGACUUGUUCAUGUCUGGUAACUUCAUCAAUCUUUGUGUGACUGCUAGAGACUUGUUCAUGUCUGGUAACUUCAUCAAUCUUUGUGUGACUGCUAGAGACUUGUUCAUGUCUGGUAACUUCAUCAAUCUUUGUGUGACUGCUAGAGACUUGUUCAUGUCUGGUAACUUCAUCAAUCUUUGUGUGACUGCUAGAGACUUGUUCAUGUCUGGUAACUUCAUCAAUCUUUGUGUGACUGCUAGAGACUUGUUCAUGUCUGGUAACUUCAUCAAUCUUUGUGUGACUGCCAGAGACUUGUUCAUGUCUGGUAACUUCAUCAAUCUUUGUGUGACUGCCAGAGACUUGUUCAUGUCUGGUAACUUCAUCAAUCUAUGUGUGACUGCCAGAGACUUGUUAAUGUCUGUUAACUUCAUCAAUAUAUGUGUGACUGCUAGACACUUGUUCAUGUCUGGUAACUUCAUCAAUCUUUGUGUGACUGCUAGACACUUGUUCAUGUCUGGUAACUUCAUCAAUCUUUGUGUGACUGCCAGAGACUUGUUCAUGUCUGGUAACUUCAUCAAUCUUUGUGUGACUGCCAGAGACUUGUUCAUGUCUGAUUCACCUGAAGCAGUUUCAGGGGACGCGUCACAGUGCCAGCGACAGUGUCCUGUUGACAGACGAGGACGAUUCCUCGAGGGAACAGUUAUGAACAAGAAAUGUGGUGUGAACUUUGACGAGCUCACAGGGACCAAAUUGAAAUCUCUCAUGCAUUAUGACGACUCCGGAGAGGCUUGGAUAUCGUUGCCUCAUGUCGAUGUUGAACCCAUUGUAAGAGGUAUUGGCUGUAUGACUUGCUGCAAUGCUCGACAAAAUGUUCGUGUUUCACCAGCACCUGACACUAAUCAAGAUAUUAUUGAGUUUCGAAAAGGACGUUACCUGAGGAUUCAGCAUUUUAAUAAACGAAAGAGAGAUGGGAAAUUUGAAAAGGAAAUGCAGAUGUUCAUGCAAUACAAACGAACAGGGAUGCUCCCAAACCUCGCCACACAUUUAAGUAUACGACGGACCACUAGUGACAAAGCGUCCACCCAUUCCACGCCUGACAAAGGUACUGGUAGUGAUCAGGUGUUCCUUCCUCAUGUGCCCAAAGAUGAACCAAUUGAUGCAAUAAACAGUCUUCCUAAUGGCCACACGACCAGCGAGCGGCCAUUGACAGAGAAAAGUAUAACUAGUACUUGUACCAUGCAGACACCCAGUAGAGGUAUUUCUCAGACAUCCUAUGCAGAAACCCAGAGUGUCAUGUCCACAUCAAAUGUAACUAUAGCUAUGGACCAUCAAGGAAAACGAAUAGAUCUAGGACACAUCAAUAAGACAAAUGAACCUACUAUAGACGAAGGCAGAGAGCCGGACACUUCCCGUGGUAAACAAAGUCGGGCAUUACACUCUCAAGCUGCAAGUAAAUUCAGCCGAAAAGAUCAGAUGCAAACUGAUGAUAUAGAUACUAGUAUGGUACUGUUCUUCAUUCAUGGUGUCGGUGGAUCGUCUGAUGUAUGGAAGUCACAGAUCGAUUAUUUUGCUUCCCUUGGGUAUGAGAUUGUGUGCCCUGACAUGAUUGGUCAUGGGCUGAGCUGUGCCCCAGACAGACAACAAGCCUACCAUUUUGAUGAGAUUCUUGCAGACAUCGAUGAAAUCUUUGACAAAUAUUGUAAAAGGAAGAAUGUUAUUGUUGGGCAUUCCUAUGGGUGUGCGUUUGCCACAGUGCUGGCCCGUCAACGUUCUAGUCGUGUCCACAGACUGGUCUUAGUGAGUGGUGGAGGACCUAACCCACUGGCACCCCAGCCUGGUGUCUUCUCGCUACCUCUGUGUAUGCUUUCCUGUAUCAAGCCAUGUCUUUCCUGUUGCUUUCAAAGGAGAGCUUUUAAGGGAGGUUCUAAUUUACCAGUAUCGAGGCAAACAACUUUUGACAUUCCAACAUACGUUCUAAGUUACAUCAUGAAUGGUCAGUUUUGGCCGGACGGUGAUGACAUGUACCACAGCUGGAUAGCGGUCAGCACUCUCCUGGUAUAUGGCCGCCAUGACAUAUUUGUCAGUCUGCAGGAGGAAGAGGAAAUGAACAAGGUAAUCUAUGGUUCCCAGCUGGAGGUAGUUGACCAUGCAGGACACAUGGUGAUGAUAGAAACCCCGGACGUGUUCAAUCAGAUAGUACAUAAGUUUAUUGAUGAGAGCUGGGCUCCACCAACCUCUAGUCAGCAGGCUCCAAGCACAGAAACUGAUGAGGGGUCAAGUCCGAUGCCAGAGAGAAGUCAUACUCCUCCUACUGAACGGUUACCAAGCAGAGCGAGCCAUCUGUCUAUAAGGUCUGCAAAGUCCACCAAAUCCACCAAGUCCAUGCCUAGAGUAAUGUUGUCUGGGAGGACCUAGUCGGAAACAUUACUCACAAGGAGUUUGUUGGAGCUAUUUUGACAUUGCAGGUUAACUUUGUCAUACCAGUAUAUAUUAUUACAAAUCUGGAUAUUCAACUUCCAAUGCUUCUACCUUUUGACAAGUCCUCUUCAAUAUGUUGUGAAAAAGGUGUUGACACCAGUAUUUUUGUUAUCGUUUUACUGUUUGUAGAUUUUGUAUUGACUGUAGAUAGCCUUUGUUGCAAGUAUAUCGACAUUUAAUGUGAUGUUUAGACUGUGAUAAUUACCCACCCGACAGUUUUCUGUCUGUUACACCUUAGAGAAAAUUAUAUUUUAUAUUUACUGUAAUUGUGAUCAGUACUAAAUGUUUUGUGCAUGAACCCUGUAAUAGUAUCACUUGACAACUGUGUUAUAGUAUCACAUGACCACUGUGUAAUAUAGUACACAUCAUGACUAUCACAUGACCUCAGUCUGUGUUAUAGUAUCACAUGACUACUGGGUUAUGGAAUCACAUGACCUCAGUCUGUGUUAUAGUAUCACAUGACUACAGGGUUAUGGAAUCACAUGACUAUCACAUGACCUCAGUCUGUGUUAUAGUAUCACAUGACUACAGGGUUAUGGAAUCACAUGACUAUCACAUGACCCGUCUGUGUUAUGGUAUCACACGAUACUGUGUUACAUUUAAAUCCCUGUAAUAUCAAAGAUCUGUAAGUACAGUAUCUGUUAGUGAAACUGUGUAGGACCACCUGACCGGGACUCCUAUAUGGAUUUGUGUUAAGAGGAUAUCACAUAAGUCCUGUGCUAGUAUAAUAUAUAUAAUUUAUAUAACGCCAGUGCUGUGCAUUGAAUAUACCCCUUAUAUGAUAUCCCCAUAUUUUUGUCACAUGUUUCUUGUGUAACAUUAGAUAGUUCAAUUUUGACAUCAUGAUUGCCAUAAAACAACAGACUUGUCAUCAUAGAAUUCAAGAUUGCAUCAUUGGUACCCUGAUGGUGGUCAGAUUAAAUAUGAUUUCCAGAAUAUUUGCAUAAACUGAUUAAAUGGUAAAAAGAUCAUAAAACUCUUCCCACUUUAUACAAGAUUGAUGAAACUAGUUUAGCUUGACAAUAUCUCACUAAAAUUGAAAGUGAUGAACUCUGAUCAUACAUGUUUAAUAUCUCAAAUGUUUGAGCCAUAUAUCAGUAAGUUUCGGGGUGUAAACCCCAGUAUUAUAUACAUGUGUACAUUUCAUUAUGAGCAUGGUACAUAGCUGAUAGAAAGUAUCUAAAUUUUGAUCAGGAAAAUUUGAACCUGAACUCUAAGGAAUUUAAGAUUAAUAACAAAUUUUCACUUAAUACACAAUGUCUAUAUGCUCUUUAUAUUUGAGAUGUUUGUUUAGUGAGAAAGUUGAUUUAUUGUUUAUGCAAACAAAGUGCUUGGAUAUUAUUUGCUGUUGAAUAUCUUUAAAAGUAUGAUCAUAUUAUUACAGUACCAAAUCUACAAUUCAGUUAAAGUAUUAUAUAAAGAAGUUGGUACCGUAAUACAAGUUAUGUGACCAACAUUAACGCACACAAACAACAAAAUCUUCAUAAUAGCCCAGCGUUAAGAUAUCUAUACACAGUAUAAAUACAGUGCUGUUAGUACUUACUUGUUGUGUUUCCUAGUCCAAGACAUGUAUAGAAAUUGUUUCGCCACUGAUACUGUGAUCGAAUGUUUUAUAAGUAAUAUAAUCAAUGUUUAUUUAAGGGUUGUGAUAUAAUUUGUUAUUUAUUUGAAAGUUCCUGGGUAAGAAAUCUGCUUUUCAGAUCAAAGGUUAUUUUAUCUCGGGUGAAAACGUUAACUUCAAAUAAUUCAGUGUAUUUUAAUCUUAAGACGCAUUAUAAAACUCUCUCAUUUCUUUUCUCAUUUUAAAUCAGUUUUAGGGUAAACCCUGCAAAAAAGUUGAUACCUAGUUUCAUUUUUAUGAAGACUACUUGCUUUUAGCAUCAAAAGAAUAGUCUAGAAUCACUGUGUCAUCAGAUUGAUUUAAUUUUAACAACGAAUUCAGAAAGAUCGGUUAUGAUAGGUGACCUGUGUAAACAUCAGACAACUUUAUAAACUCAUAUAAAGCAGACCAAAUUUUUUUGAAAGUUUUAUUUUUAGUGGUACACUUAUCAUGUAUGUAUUUUGUGUUUUUUUUCUUAUAUACAUUUAACUUUUUUUUUUAUGGAAUAUAUAUUUUUUACUUCCUUUUUGUACAUUUAAGUGUUUGAUUUGCAUCAAUGUUGAAACAGAACAGAAUCUCUGAGCGAUGUAGAAUUUUGAUAGAGAUAUAUGAGAACUGACCUUACUGUGAUACAGUAAGCAGACUUGUUUUUCAGGCUGUUUACAGUAACAUGUACAAACUGUUGUGUAGACGUACAUUUUACAAUAUAAAUAAUACUUUCAGGAAACUAAUUUCCAGGAAAUCCACUAAACAUAUGUCAGUUACUUUUGAGAAGUAAGUAAAUGUCUGGGUGACAAGCUGUAAUACCUGAUGUGACAAUCUUAGCUGAUUAAUGGAUGUUACAUUUGCCACAUAUGUAUGGAGGCACGGUAGUGUAGUGGUAGGACGCCAGGCUAGUGACGACGGGUUUGAGUCACGUCACGCACACACUAUGUUGUAUCUUUUAACAAGAUACUUUACUCCACUUCUGCUCAGCUGUAAAUAAGUACGUGGUUGGGCAGUGCUGGAAUUGUUGAUAGCUAGCUGUGAGCGCAAAAAUAGCAGCCACGGCUGUAUUGGCUGGUUGCAAAGGCCCUAUAACUACAGAUAUUAAUUUGUGAACCGCUUUGAGACGACCUAUCAACUAGGUUGUGAUAAAGCGGUACAUAAGAAACUCAAAUUAUUAUUAUGUGCUGUUGAUGUAAGGAAAUACGAUUCUUUGUUUCUCUGAGAUUAAUCAUGUAUCACAAUGGAAAAAACUAAGUGAAACAUGAUUAAUCAAAGAAAGAUAAAAUAUCCUGUUUUCCUACAACAAGGACAAUAACAAUGCAGUUAGUAACACCGAUCAGGAUGUCACAUCAUUGGCGUCAGCUUCAGUCACUCAGAACUAGGUUGUGGUGACUUGUGCCUGCUUCUCUAGGGAAACUCUGAUAAAGGAGAUCUGAGUGGGGAAACAUUAUCAUGUAAGGUGACACAAUGUUUUAUUCCCCCGCCAUGUGAUCAAUACAAUUCAGUCAGACAAGUUGCUUUGUAGAUGAGGUAUAAUAAUAUGUUUGGACAUAAGUUAUCACUGAUGGUACGGUUCUGAAGAAACAAUUCCUCUUACCAUAUUACCAUAUUUGCCUUUUGAUAUUGUUAUUGAAAAUCAAAGCGAAAUAUACCUAUGCAUAUGUUAGAGUAGUAAUGAUAGAUGUAGUUAUUACCUAGAGGUGGGGUUAUAGAUACUGGGGCUGUCGGAAUGUAUAUACAUCUGUAAGCAAAAAUAUGCAUGUGAUACAAUUUAGAUAUGAGGUUUCUAUGUUAACGAACAGAUUGUAUGGUAUGUAGACUACACAAUGUUAACAGAACUCUGUUUAUACAGAGAGUUAUGUAUGUCAGUAGUGGGUACAACACCAUUGUUGAGGACCGUGUCUCGUAGAUUUGUUACUGAUGUAUUUUCUGUUGAAAUAUUUAAGAUACCGGUAAGUGUUUUGGUUUCAGAAAAUGUUAUUGUAUAGGUCUUGAAGAUGGGGUUAUGGUUCCUUUUCACUUUUAAGUACAAAUUCAUCACCUUUAAGUACAAAUUCAGUGAUCAAGUUAAGUACUGAUAUAUAAUUUGUUUUCAUUUGACAGUAAUAAUUGUGUUGUGAUUCAGUGAAGAAACACUACACUAGUUGGAAAAUCUUGGUCUUUUCACAAAUUCAGGUUAUCAGUGAUAAGUGAUGAGUAUCGAAUACAGAAAAUUUGACAACACAUGUGUGUAACCAAUCAUACCUAUACACACUUAGUCUUGGAACAGAAUAGUGAGUUUCAUUUUAAAAUAGAAGACAGUUAGGUAUUUCCCUGAUAACUUGACAACUAAAUUAAGCUUUCCUCUAAAGAUACUGUCUGUGUUUUGUCUGAAAUAAUUAGUAGAUUGCAGUCAACCUGACAGACCACAGCUUGGAUUGUUUAUAACUGAACUAUUUAGAGGUUUAUUGAUUUAGCACUGUUGACAGGUAAGAUGGGAGUUACCAGGAUGUAAACCCCAGAGGAAAAUAAUCAGACAAUCCAGGUUAAUAAACCAAUAUUUCUCAAUGAUUGUGAUAAUCAAAAAGGGUAUUCAGAGUGAAAGUCAGGAGAUAUUGAGCAUUACAUGGAAAGCUGACAUAGUCUAUAGAUAAUGUGAUAAAAAAUCCAGAAAAUCAUCGACAUUUCCAUCAUUAUGGAAUAUUUAGUAGAUUGUAGAUUAUUAUUUUAUCAAUUACAUUCUGUAUACAAUGUGUGACUAAUGGAAAUGUUACCUGGUAACUGAAGUAAAAUCCAUCACUGAUGAGUUCAAAAUGAAGCUUUAUUUACUGUGAUAUUGGUACUAUAAUGGUAAUGUCUUCGUAGGAUAAUUCAUUUUGAGUAUUAAAAUUUCAGCGCAGACUAGAUGUGAACACCUAUAUACACACCAAUGAUUUGUAUUCCUUGAUCAUUUUGUCCAGAUAUUUGCUUGCUAAGGUAGUGUCUACAAUAAUUUCACAAAACUGGACUUGAUGUUUCAUUUCUCCUGUAUUAAUAAUUAAACUUUUCCACCUUUUUUCUUAACUUUCUCACUUUAAUUAAUGUAUAAAGAUCACCAAGAUAGCAGUGUAUGCAUUCUCGAUCUGCUUUCACAUGUAAUCGUAUAUUUAUCCUUUAAAUAAUGUCAUGUCUAUGACAAUUGAAGUUUAUCAUAGGCUGGGUUCAAAAGUAAUUAUUUUUUAAGAUAAUUAAAAUAAUAUACACAAAUACAUGAUUUGGAGCUUUAAAGUAGAUUUUUACGAGUGCUUAUUACUUGGAUGUCCGAUGGAAACCCAUGCACAUACAGUAAAUAAAGGAUGCUCACAUAUUUUUUUACACAGGGCUUGCAUUAACGAUCACCAAGUUGUUGGUUACAAUGGAUGGUUGUAUGUAAUACCGGUAUUUUAAUAAAUUAUAUGAUUUUAUAUUUGUUUUUAUUUUUCUGUCUAGAAGAGUAGCAUUACAGACACUUGUUCAGAUUUGGCGACAAAAAAUUCAGUGUGGCGUUAUUUUUUGGUAACACAAUUUUUAUCUAUUUUAAAAUGAUUUAAAUCGGUAAUCUGUGGUCAAUACUUUAAUGAAGGACCAUAAUUUACCUGUAAACAAUAAAACAUGAAAUCCAAUAAGAUGAAAAUACUUUACUUUUAUAUAAAUGCAUUUUUU